CCCUACCCCUAAGCCCUCAUUUCUGCUCCUGGAAGGCCAGACGGCAUCAACAAGCAGCUGGCAUUGCCCAGAAUGGCGGACGAGCGAGGCAGCGACGACUCUUUGAUAGAGAAGGACUCUCUGGAUAUUUCUCACUCUCCUCUCCCCAAGCAGGAGGAUGACAGCGGCGUGUCUCAGAAGGCGACUCGUCCGCUCGAAAACGAUGAGGAGGCGGUGUCCCCCCGUGCCUCCAAGAAGCGCCGUACAGACUCCGAACCGGGCGAACUGGCUCUUUUAGGCCAUUCGGCGACACUGGCGGAGGAGAAUGGCGGCAGUGAGCUAGACGAAGAGCUGGUGUCGGCUCUGGCAGAGGCUGUCAGCCAGAGUGCUGAUGUACACGGUCCAAUGGAGCAUGUCUCCGAGAGCCCGGCUCUGCCAGACACCGGUUCGGAUGUCGUCGCACCGGAUGUGGCGGCGGUAAUCUCCAAUAUCAUGAACCAUGCAGAGCGUGUUGAGGAACAAUGUGCAAUGGGCCCACAGCAGCUGGGGGACAGUGCAGGCCAGGCGCCGGCAAAGGGUCUGGUUUAUGUCAAGGCGAACUCCCAUCUCAAGAUCCAGAGUCUUCCCAUUCUUGACAACCUGUCGACGCAAAUCUUAUCGCUGCUAGCCAAGUCGUCCUACCAGGAUAUCACCUCCUUUGUUUCUGAACCCGAAUCCGAGAAUGGCCAGGCGUAUGCAACAAUGCGUUCGUUGUUCGACCACACCAAAAAAGUCUAUUCCACCAAAAGCGCGUUUCUCUCCUCCACGGAACUGGACUUUACAGAGCCUGCCCAGGUCGAUGUGAUCCGCAAGGCAAACUUGGCGUCGUUCGUGUCAAGCAUCUUUGGUACUCAGGAAAUUGGCUUCUCGGAGUUGAAUGAUCACUUCCUUGAUGUGUUCGUUCCAGAUGGGGGUCGGUUGCUUAAAGUUCAGGGGGCCCUGUUUCUGGAGCUCAAAACGCAAGCCUUCAUCGCCUCGAUGAACAAUACAGAGCGGACGAGGACCGAGUUAUUAUACGACCUCUUCCCUGAUGAUCUCGAGCAACGUCUACUUGAAAGGCGCCCGGGCACCCGGCAGGUGGCUCCCAGUGAAGCUGACUUUGUGAAGCGGGCUUAUUCGCGACGGGAGAUCCUUCUCAACGAUAUUAAUAAUGAGGAAGCUAUGAAGUCUUUACCAGAUAAAUAUCACUGGGAAGAUUUCCUCAGGGACCUCAGUUCCUACAUCACAAAGAACUUUGACGCAAUCAGUCAUCAACAGGCAAAGAAAGCAGCUAAGACUCGCCAGCCAUCCACAUCGAGUGGAGAGGUACAAGAUCCGCCUAGUGCGCCUCUGCAAAGCCAGUUCUCGGUUGCCCCCCAAGCGCCUGCUGAAGUCCCUGUCGACAAGAACAUGCAUGGUGACCUGGUUGCUCGUGCUGCGCGCGCUGCUCAGAUUGCCCUCCAGGGUCAUGGGCUGCGGCGCUCCCAGCAACAGCAGCAGCAACAGCAACAACAGCAGCAGCAGCAGCAGCAGCAACAGGCUCAGGUCCAGCCACAGCAGCCGCCACAACAGCCGCCACAACAGCAACAGGCUCAAGGGCAGGCCCAGGCGCAACAACCAAUGCAUCAACAACCACCGCAGCAGCAGGGUGGCCAGCAGGGGAUACUUCACGGCUACUCACCUGCACAGCCAGAGAGUCAACUCGCUGGCCACCAGGCCCAACCUUACCAGCAAACCCCGACACCGCCGGGGUAUCAACAGCAUUCGGGCCAGCUGACGUUUCAGCAGAGUCCUCUCCAGGCCAACUUCCAACAGUACCAGCCUCCCGGCGGCCAUGUCCCUAUCCCGCCCCGGAACGGCCAUCAUGCUGCCAACCACGGCUACAUGCCUGGAAUCCCCCACUAUUCACAAUCCCAGCCCACCCAAGUGCUUUACGAACGUGCUCGGAUGGCGGCUUCGGCCAAAUCAUCACCGAGCAGUCGCAAAUCGGGCCUCCCGAGUCAACGUCGACCGUGGACGACCGAGGAAGAGAAUGCUCUCAUGGCGGGGCUGGACCGGGUGAAAGGACCGCACUGGAGCCAGAUCUUGGCCAUGUUUGGACCGGGCGGUACCAUCAGCGAAGCAUUGAAGGACCGCAAUCAGGUCCAGCUGAAAGACAAGGCCCGCAACCUGAAGCUCUUCUUCCUCAAGAGCGGGAUCGAGGUGCCUUACUACCUCAAGUUCGUCACCGGCGAGCUCAAGACUCGUGCUCCCGCGCAGGCCGCCAAGCGUGAGGCUCGCGAGCGCCAGAAGAAGCAGGGCGAGGAGGACAAGGCCCACGUCGAGGGCAUCAAGGGGAUGAUGGCCCUCGCGGGUGCCCACCAGCAAGUCUCGCUCGGCCAUGCUUCCUCCGAGAGCCUUCCUGCAUCCCCCGCCCUCACAGAUCCCAAUGCUCAACACCUCCUGGACCAGACUGAGGAGCAGAACCUCAUGCAAACGCUGACUCAGGAGGUCCAUGGAGAUCAGUACACCCAGCACCAGCACCAGCACCAUCAGGAUUCUGUAAAUGCCAAUAUGCAAUUGGGGCAGUGAUUAUGUUGCUCAACUUUUGUAUCUAUAGGAUAAUACUUCAUUUCUUUUUCUUUCUUUUUUUUGAUUCGGGGGGGGGCUUCUAAUACAUAUUGAAACGGGAUGGACAGGAGUUAAUUAGUUGAUAUUCACCUUGC